UGAAAAGUCCUUACACUCUAGGCUUGGAUAGGGAGACAAAGGCUCAGUCGUUGAUUGGUUGGUCUCUCCACGUCCGCAGUCACCUCGUAGCGCAAGCAGCCAAGCCUUCCAUUCACAUGUAAAUGGGGCCUCAUAAAUGCCUUCUACAAUUGCCCACUUUGCACAGUAUAUGUAGUGCUUGUUAGCGCGCAGUGUGUGGAUCUUUGUCUCUAACGGUGCUCGCCUACCAUCUGCCAUCUGCACCAUUCAAGAUCGUAACGGUAGCCUGCAUUCUGUUCUCGACUCCAUUCCACUGUACGGGAUAGCAACAUGGCCCCUGCCUCUAAAUCGGAACUCAGUCGGAGUGAAGACGAAUAUUACGGCAUUAAAGGAGACAGAAAGACGAGAAAGCCGUUGGUGGAGAAAAAGAGAAGGGCACGCAUCAAUGAAAGUUUGCAAGAGCUCAGAACACUGCUGGUAGACAUAGAUGCACCAUCAAAAAUGGAGAACGCUGAGGUUUUAGAGAUGACGGUUAAACGCGUGGAGACCAUUCUUCAAAAUCGUGCGAAAGAGGCGGAGAAUGUUAACCGGGAGGCAAGUGAAAGGUUUGCAGCUGGGUACAUUCAGUGCAUGCACGAAGUCCACACUUUCGUGUCCAACUGCCCUGGGAUCGACGCCACGAUAGCGGCAGACCUCUUGAACCAUCUUCUAGAAUGUAUGCCCCUGAAUGAUGAGGAUUGUUUCCAAGAUCUCCUGUCGGAUUUGAUGUCAGACUCAUCGAACAGCUACAGCACUUCAAGUGAGUCAAUGCUGUCACCUGGUGGAAGAAGUGGCUCCAGUGGAAGCACAUCUGCCCUCUCACCGUCUCCCUCUACUACCUCCGAUGACCUCAGCUCCGACCUGGAUGAGACGGACAGUGAGCAGAGUCACAUCUCUACAGAUGUGGAACACCAUGACACCCCUAGCACUGCAACCAUGUUUUAUUCGAAGUCCAUGUGGAGGCCUUGGUAGCCAAAGUGUCACUUCUUUAAUUGUCUUAGAGCAAGAGAUCAUUAAUUUAUGAAAUGGAAUAUAAUACAUUAGCGUAGGCAGUUAAAGGCAUUAGGCCUUAUCUGAACACAUUCACUACUAAUUUGCCUAGUGGGCUCUUAAAAGCUCUUUUGUUCCAUGUGAAAACUUUGUAUGCAUUCGAAUAAUCGUUUGUAUAAUGUUUUACCUAGCCUAUAAGCAUUUGUUUGGUCUUUUUUGUAUGAUUGCUGUGCACAGAUGUAAAUAUUUAAUUGUGAGGCUUUCUUAGGUAGUGGGGAAUAGGCCUAGUGUGUGGGUCGGGUUACUACAUUACAACUGAUAUUUUAUCAGGUACAUUGUACCGAUUAAGUGCUUGCUCGCCCAUGAUAACGAGAACAUUUCACUGACAGAGAUUCAAUUUCGACUUAUUUCAUUAAAUGCAUUUCCCUAAUA